AUGGACUCAGACAGGAAGGAAGAACAGCCUGCGUCGCCAGUAGUCGAACCCGCGUCGCCGCUGAUCGACUUGCCCUUGCUCCGAGAAGGCGACUUGAUCCGAGAGGAACUCCUCCAAGACGACGGGCUCGGCUCGGACUGGGAGGACAGCAGCACUGCAACCAGUCCUAUCAAGCCAUUUAAACGCCUGCGUAUUCACGUCGACAUGACCAGCUCCCAGUACCUCACACCAGGUGCGCAUCACCACAGCGAGCGUCUCCAGGCGAACGGGUUGCCCACCUGCUCAAGCGGCCCGCCCACGGGUGCUUACACGUCUGCUGCCGACUUAGACCCAUUCAGCGCUGUAUGUAGCCAACUCCAACUCUCUGCUCGUCCCUUUGGGGCGAGCAUGCCAGUAGCCUCGGGAGUGUCUUCAUUUAACUACCCAGCAGCCGCAGACGCGUCGCUCCUGACGCCGGUGUCAAGUGCCGGCAGCCCGCCCUUACAGCAGCAGCAGAGGCCGGCCGUGAAGCCCUUGCGCGGAUACCACUCCUCGCAGACGGCCACGGCCGCCGACACCCAGAUGCCCACCCCUCCCAACACGUCCAAAAUGUAUUACGGCUACGAGAUGAACUCUAACAGCCAAAGCUCCUCCCCAAUGACAACAGUGCAUCCCCAGGUAACAGAGGGGGGCCACUUCGACAUGACUCCCUAUAUCGCCCAGUCCCCCGUUGGCACCCACAACCCGUCCUCCCCCAAGAUCGAGGUCCCGCCGCCAAUUGACCCUUACCUCGGGCACUUCACCGUCUCGGGUGGCAACGAGGCCGAUGUGGCUCACCACUCGUUCCACGACUACCACGCAUUUUCCAAUGUCGAAGUCGACCACAGCUCCGGAUACCCGUUCCGGCAGACACCGCACGUAUCCGUCAGCGGGCCGCACAUGCACCACCGCAUGCCCUCUAACGGGGGCCAGGCGCCCAUCCUAACCCAGCCACACCCGUCCCAGUUCAGGCCGCAAACAACACCGCGGGUCGGCGGGAUUGAAGACCUCCGAGACCCUUCUAUGCUCAUGGGCGCAUACCCGCCCCACACAUCUCUCAGUCCCGGAAGGAGAGUGCAGCCGCGCAAGAAGCCCACACCGGCACGGAAGCCAGCGCGCACACCCAAAUCAACCCCGAAUGUGGGUUCGUCCGACGGCCAGGGGGUCAGCGACGAGGAUAGGGAAGAGCUCACGCUGCGGGAAGACGCGCCCGAGGACGACAAGUACCUAUUCCAGCUCCGGAAGGAGUUCAUUUCGGAAAAGGGCAAGGGGAUGUGGGAGGAGAUGAAGGCCAGGUACUCGGAGAAGCACCAGGGCAACUGGGAGAAGGCAGCCCUGCAGAUGAAGGUCUCACGCGCAGUGGCAAAAUUUGGCGUGUGGCCAAAACGAGAGAUCGAACGACUCAAGGAGGCCCACAGGUAUUACGAAGACAAGCGAUACCAACUCAUCCUCGCCCGCAUGAAGGAAAACGGCGGCUGCAGAGUGUGGGACUGGAAGCCGCAACAUGUCGAGGCCAUGCUCGUCAAAUUGGGCAUGGAAGAGCCGACAGUCGACGAAAAGACGGGAACCCGGCGCCGCAAGAACAAGGCAGCCCGCCGGCGCGCCGGCUCACAAAACGGCCACCACCACGCAUCCAACGUCAUGAACGACUGGUCCAACGGCCUCGGCCUGCACCCCGCUUUCCAAGGCCACCCACACCACGUUGCGGCCGCCCGGCAGGCGUCGUUCGACAUGAUGAGCGACGACGCCAGUAUCGCGCCGACAUUCUCGUCGGAGCAGGAGAACGAAUACCUCGACCAUAUCUUCCAAAAGCAGGCCAAGGUCGAGCACAGCCUAAGCCCCGAAAUCAUGGAGCUCUCAUACGAAGACGACGGGGGCAGCCGCCCGCCAACUCGGGACCUCAACCAUCAGCACAGCGAGCGCGUCGCCCGGCAAGCCUGCGAGCAGAUGAUGCAGCAGCAAACAAGUGUAGAACCCUUCGCCGCGCAAUGA